AUGACGGUAUCGUAUCAUCGAAAAGGGUUUGAUGACAUUAGUGAUUAUUCCAGAUCAACGGUGAUAACUGCAGAUGUCUCUUCUAAACCAUACUAUUUCGACCGGAAAGGUAUCAAAGAUAGUUUAAAUUCUGGUAAUGAAGCACGUGAUAGAGGUAGCGAAAGUAGGUGGAAAUCGUUGGGAUAUAAUACUGUCCUUUCAACUCUUUUUGAUUCAGCAAAGACAUGGUUUUCCUGGAUUGAUCCUUUGGAGCAAGAAAAUGGGAAAGAUCGUACCAUUUCCAACACUACUGGAGCAAAUUACGACAGUUUGAAAAGAGGAGUUGAUGAGGAGUCGACUCCGAGAAAGAAAAUUCAUUUAGACUCACUGCUCCAAGAGAAGGAGCAUUUAAGGGAACAGUUACAACAUUCAAUUACUCCAACGAAAGAAGUGUUGAAGUUACCUAAGGAUCCUUUCCAUUGGGAUAAUACUAAUGAAGAAAACUAUACAGAAUCCUCACCUACAAGAGUACAAUAUGGAACUAGACUCUAUAGAAAACUCAAGCAUAAGAACCAGCAACAGCAGUCCACUGCAUUAAUUGCUAAACCGUCCGAUGAAGUAUCAUAUUUAAAAAAUUUAUUCAACGGAGAAUAUCAUGUACCGAUUGAGAUGCAAAAGGAAAGGGAAAAUCAGCUCAAACUUCUUUCAAGAGAUAACAGCCACAGCAGCAAUGCCAGUACAAACAGUAGUAAUAACAACAUUGUAAGGCUUACAGAAAGGAUUAAGGCUUUAAUUUUGGAAAACAGGAAAUCAAUAGGCCCAAGUACCGAAAGAGGAUCUACAACUGAUGACAUAGUCAUAAUAAGAGAGCACAAGCUUGAUCCAUUAGAAGAGAAAAGGAAACAGAUCUACAAUCAGACGUUGAAAUUUGAUCGUUCUCUCCUUACUUUUGAAGAAGAGUUCAAAAGCUAUUCUCAGUUGAUUGAAGAAAGAAGGAAACUAGUAGAGCAAGUGAGGAAAACCGCCAAACCACAAAAACUGAUACCUGAUCUAUCAACUGAAGAUUUAUCGGAAGUGAAAGCAACUUUCAAUAGGUCUGAUAACGCUGUUCUUUCAUCCAAGUAUAUGUUGGAAGUAACUGUGCGAGAUUUCAAGACAUUAGCCCCUAGAAGGUGGUUGAAUGACACAAUCAUUGAGUUUUUCAUGAAGUAUAUCGAACAAAACACUGCCAAAACUGUUGCAUUUAACUCAUUUUUUUAUUCUACUUUAGCUGACAGAGGCUAUCAAGGUGUAAGAAGAUGGAUGAAAAGAAAGAAGGUUGAUAUUUUAGAUCUUAAUAAGAUCUUCGUUCCUAUCAAUUUGAAUGAUUCUCAUUGGACAUUGGGUAUAAUAGAAAUGAAGCAACACAAAAUUUAUUAUCUUGAUUCUCUUUCUUCUGGAAUGAAUUCGGUCAGUUUCCUAAUUAUGAAAAAUCUCCAGUCUUAUGUGAUGGAAGAAAGCAAACAAAAGCUUGGUGAGGAUUUCGAACUUUGCCAUAUUGCUUGUCCACAGCAGCCAAACGGAUUUGACUGCGGCAUAUAUGUUUGUCUGAAUACACUUUAUAUGAGCAAGGAUUACACUUUGAGCUUUGAUUCUAAAGAUGCAGCAAACAUGAGAAAUUACAUAGGUCAUUUAAUAUUAAGUAAAUAG